GAUGAAAAAGGUUCUACGACAACAUCCUGCUCGUACAAUCACCGAACUCAGACAAAAGCUUCAAGAAAUAUCGGAUUGUUUUACACCAAAUUUUAUGCCCCAAAAAAUUUCAGCCGUAAUAAAAAAUAAAGGUGAUGUUACCCAAUGGUAAUCUUUCAACUGUUGCUUUGUUAACUUCACGCUUUUAUUCGCACAUUGUUUAUUUGUUC